AUGGCGGCCCAGCGGAUUGUUAGUGUGUUCUUUAUCUGUUUAUGUUUACCACUUCAUCUUAUUUCUGCGUAUGUGGCCAGCGACCAAUAUGACUGGGCGGAACCAAAUACCCCGAUUUUUCCCUCUGAAUCCAGAAGUAAGAUGAGUCGUCAAACUGCCCAGCAGCGACUGGAUGCUGUCAGGAGAGUGCUGCAGGAACGAGGAGUAGAUGCCUACAUAGUACCUACAGCGGACGCGCAUAACUCCCAGUACAUUGCACCGUCGGAUGCGCGUCGCGAGUGGCUCUCCGGUCUGUCGGGGUCGUCUGGAACAGCGCUGGUGACGUCAUCACACGCCCUCGUGUGGACUGAUGGGCGAUACUUUACCCAGUUCUACUUGGAAGUGGACACUAGCGUAUGGAGCUUGAUGAGGCAAGGUACGGACCUCUCUAUCCAAGCCUGGCUGGUGGCAAAUAUGGCACCAGGCUCUGUAGUAGGCAUCGAUCCAACAACAUACACUCGCAGCGCAUGGAUAACUUUGGAGAAUGAUCUCAACCAAGUUAAUGUGACCCUGAGCCCGAUUUCCGAAAACUUAGUCGACUUGGCCCGGAUCAGCAUCGGCGACCCACCACCGCCGAGACCAAACAACGCGUUAUUGGCACUUUCAGUUGAAUUUACUGGUAGAAGAUCAGCUGACAAGGUAUCCGAUCUGAUGACUCAGAUCGUGGCUCGUGGGGCAUCGGCUUUGGUUCUCACUGCACUCGACGAUAUCGCUUGCAGAAGUUUGAACGAAGAUCAAGUUAUACAAUUGCUGGGUGAUGGAAACUUCUCCGACAUCGAAGAUUUUGAGGACGACGACGACGAAAUCCAACCCAGCACUUUCGAAAAUCUUCAGUUGGAUGAUCCAGAGCCUGAACCACAGCCGUCUGUAGCACCGGAGCCGGAACCGAUGCAAGAUACUCCUGGACCAUCACAACUAACUCCGCGCCCUCGAUCUUUACGACCACCUUCUCGAAAGAGACUUUGGAAGCAGAAUGCUACAAAUUCUAACAACAUAGUUUUAUUCUGGGGAAAUGGAACACUUUCAGAGGACAUCUUACAACAUUUGACUUCUGAGGGAACCCAAGUGGAUGUGCGGCCCUACGAGCAAAUUUUUGAUUAUCUAGGAAACAUGGCGAAUGAGUUGGCAAGAGGAAGUACAAUUUGGCUAUCGCAGGACGGAAGCCAUGCCGUGCAUCUUGCUGCUGAGUCGGAUGGUGCAAUGAACACACUGUCCACAGUAUCCCCUGUAGCGCUAAUGAAAUGCAUCAAAAAUGAAGUCGAGCUUCGGGGCUUCCGUUCCGCUCACAUAAAAGAUGGUAUAGCAGUUGUGAGAUUCCUUCGGUGGGUCCAUGAAAGAGUUGCUGCUGGGGAGAACGUGACCGAAAUCAAUGUAUCCGACAAACUAGAAGAGCUGAGAGGAGAAGAACAAUAUUUCAUGGGGCCAUCAUUUGCAACGAUUGCUGGUGCCGGAGAAAAUGGAGCCGUCAUCCAUUACAAACCCUCGCGAGAAGGUGAACAGAGGGUGAUCAAACCCGAUGAAAUAUUGCUAGUUGACUCAGGAGCUCAAUAUAUGGACGGUACCACAGACAUCACCAGAACUCGACACAUGAGCUCAUCGCCCACCUCGGAGCAGCGACGUGCCUUCACAAGAGUGCUGAAAGGACAAAUACUAUUAGGGACCGCCGUGUUCCCGAAAGGUACUACGGGUAACUUAUUGGAUACAUUAGCUCGUAAGGCUCUUUGGGACGUCGGGCUCAACUACGCUCACGGAACAGGACACGGCGUGGGGCACUUCCUCAAUGUUCACGAAGGACCGUCGGGUAUCUGGGCAGCUUUGAUAGCAUCAGAUCCUGGUAUAGCGCCAGGAAUGAUAUUCAGUAAUGAGCCUGGAUACUACGAAGUUGGAGAGUACGGCAUCCGACACGAGGAUCUCGUAGAAGUUAUUGAGAUGAACAGAAACGCCGAUCAUAUUUUCGCUGAGGGUAUGGUGGGUGACUUCAACGGUGUCGGCGCGGUCGGCUUUUACACAAUUUCCUUAGCACCGCAUCAGACUGCUUGUUUGGAUGUCAGCAUACUGGAUGAUCACGAGAUCAAAUACAUUAACGACUAUCACGCUCGAGUUCUGGCAACCCUCGGACCUAUUUUGCUAGAAAGAAAUCUAACGGAAGAUUACGAAUUUCUGGAGAAGGAGUGCGCACCAAUUUACCGCAGUGCCGCCAUUUUUGUUAACUCGACGCCAUUACUGCCAUUAAUGAGUGUUUUGAGUCUAUGGUUAACAAAGAUUAAUCUAAUCUGUUAA